UGUUACAUUGCACACGACCAACAUUCCGCUUCAACCGAACAAAUUAACGAGUCCAUUCCCUCUGUAAAUCACCUCAUUUUAGCGUAAUUCCCUUCAGUUACGCGUGUGGAAAGUCGUCAGUUGGUAAUUUUCCCAUCGCAACUCAAGUGCCUGGAAACUAUUCUUGCCAUGCUCAUGGAGGACCUUGACCAGCACUUGGACGGCAUCACGCCGCUCUCGCCGCUCUCGCCGCUCUCCGCCUCGUCCCCAGACGACCUGCACGCGCCUCCGCCGAGUUUUCUGUCGGCAGCCGCCGCCACGACUCUCUCCAAGCCCGAGAAACCCAAGAAAAAGCGAAAGGCAACCUACGUGUUACGGAAAGAAGAGCAGUCGGCUUUACAGCAAGAAAUCGAGCAAUUGGAGAGCCAAGUUGCCGUUCUCAGGUCGCACACUCUGCCACCCGAAGAAGCCGCUAAGGCAGACCCCGUUUUGCAGCGCAGAGAGGCGGAGAACGCCGCGCUGACGAGCCUCUUGCGUCAUCAGCAGUUGCAUGUUGCCAAUGCGCAGUCGCUGCUCUCGAGGUGUCUCGGAGACCAGCAUACACACCCACUGUAUACACGUAUCCGGCUGACGAAAGACUGGUCGGAAAGAAGAGCGACGCUGCGCGCUAUACGCGCCGAGAAAUUGCGGAAUGCCUACGAGUACAUUCUGGCUCGAAGCAGCCACUCGCAGCCGGAGAAGAUGCAGCUGUCCGACGAGAGAUUCGAGUCAUCGCAGGGCGAUUUAUGCUGCGUGAGGUUCGAAACCAUCCACUUCCGAGGCGUUGAGUCGCUGGAGCAAGUAUACAAUGCGCUCAUCUUCUACUUAACCAACAUGGAGAUCAGUAUAUCCGAAAGACUGGGACACAUCACAGUGCGCGAUGAUUACGAUUCCAUCGAGGGCACGGCGUAUAAUUCUCGAAUUGCAUCCACUGAAGAUUGCGGAGUCACCACGGAGAUGAAUGCCGUGUCGUUUCCGCAGCUUUUUGGCAAAGACGAACUGGGUUUUGGUGUCCCCGCCUGUGCCAUUAUGGCCAGCGACUGUGUGGAUGAAGAUGAGCUGUAUCCAUACAAUUACGCAGAGAGAGUGAGGAAGGAUGUUUCAGGGGCGGUAUUACUUACCACGAGUAGGAGGAAAGCAAAGCACAGAGGAGACAAACGCAUCGGAACGGCAACAAUGAUGGGUGGAGACGACACUGAGUUGGUUGUGACGAUGCGCCGGGCCGCGUUUGUGAAACUUCAUAAGCCUAAAUUUCCAAUAUCGCCGUUCGCUCUGCAGGAGCUGCACGAGGGGAUUGCACGCUGGGGCGACGUCAUGCUUAAGACUGUCCGCAGUGUCAUAUAUGCAACUCCGUAGCAGCAAGUAAAGCAAGAACAUGUAUUAUUGGAUAUUUCGUUUGCGGAAAUUGCGUUGCUGUUGCCGAUGAGAAUGUGGUGCUGAGCCUAAUUGAUGGUUUGGGUUUUAUCGCUUUUAAGUUAAGUACCGGCCAGAAAGUCGGAAUUGUUAGAGGAAUUGUACAACAAUCGGGAGACAGCGACCAUAAUCCAACACUAUUGCUCACACGUCUUCCGGUUGAUCCGGUCUAACAAUCAUAUUCUUGGGUAACGAGUCUCAGAAUGCCCAAAAGAUCCGACUAACUUGCCUUGCACGUAAGAGAUGACGUUCAGCUAGCAAACACCAAUUUGAGAGUUUUUUAUUUUAAAUCGUCUCUUCUAAAGCCGUUGGAGUUUCGAGAAGUGCGCAAGUUGAUUUUUUCAAGAGUGCUAUAGGCUCUUGGGUGCGUCGACCAGCGUGAUUGCCCCAACUUUAUUUGUCAUGAUACGAGUGCGGAAGACCUUAUGCCUUCCUACAUCGGAACUGCAAUGUAUAAGUCGCUUCAAUAAGAAACUUAAAAAAUAUAGAAAUUAUGGAGCAAGUGUCAAAUGACAGUUUUAACUAAGAGUCGCAAUGGAGUGACGAGAAUAAGCAGGAUGCAGGUAUUCUCACUAGUUUAAGACCAUCAAGUUCACGUACAACGUAUUAAUCGAACCGUGGAAUUUGAAGAUCCAUUCUCACUGAUUGCUGUCAACAGUUAAGCGAGUCGAUAUCUUCUGUUGAAUGCUAAAAUAAAAGUAUCGCUCACGUCCUAAUCGCAGUAAGUGCACGAAUGGCAUUGCGGUCGAUUUGUCGAGAUAUUUCUCCGAUCUUCGUAAGUGGAAACCAGCUUAAAUGUUAUAUUGGUGCGGGGAGGAGUUUGAUGACUCGAGCGGGUUUAAAUGCAACCUGAUUGUCGACAUCUGAGGAACUAAAUCUGGAGAAAUCAUGCACCCACCGAAUCGGUCACGAUUGGAUUAAGUAAGACGGUUUCUCGACUUUGGAAACAAGCGUGUACGAUUUCGAGAUAAUAUUGUAGUGGAAUACUUAAGUAGACACUAAUCUCAUAUUACCAUAACAUGGAUUUCUUGGCAUU